AUGUUCGAAAGAAAUCUCAUGGAACAAAGGUAAGAGAAGUACUAUUCACUGCCACAUGUUGCUACACAAAUUCAUUUCCAAGUAAUAUAUAUCUUAAUAUAUCUUAAUCUUUAUAAUCUUUAUAAUUAUAUUAGAUCCAUAAAAAAUAACCAAUUGCACCUGAAUUUCAUCUAGGGACUUACUUAGCUUCGAGGAUGGUAUGAAAGAAUUGUGUGAUAUGGAUGUGAAUCAUACAAAUGAUAAUACGAGUUUAAUUGUUUUCUACAUUUCUUUAUUAAUAAAACUAAAGAAAUUAAUACAUGUACAUUUGAAACAGAAAUAUUUAUUAAUGUUGUAAAGUUACUAUUAAAGUUAGUUUUUUGAUAUUAUACUGUUUUUUUAUGUGAGAAAUGAAUAUUUACUGUUUUUUAAUGUGAGAAAUGAAUAUUUACUGUUUUUUUAGGUGAGAAAUCAAUCUUCAAUAGUUAACUUGAACAAUAAUAUUUAA